AUGAAUAAAAGGGCUACUGGGGAUGAAAAGUAUGAGCCGACGCGAUAUGAACAUGUUGCAAAUAUCCUCUCUCACGGAGUAGCAAUACUUCUUAGUAUAUAUGGAACGCAGUGGUUAAUCGAUGCGUCACAUCAUGAAUUAGAACGACAUGUGACCAUAAUUUAUUGUUUUUUCACUACGAUACUUUUCACAACAUCAACAACUUAUCACACAUGUGAACUUCUUUUUCGCCCGAAUAAAAAGAAAUUCCGUUAUUGCCUUCACAUAAUCGAUCGUGCCGCCAUCUACUUUUUUAUUGCUGCUUCAUAUAUGCCAUGGUUCACGUUAAGACACUCUGAAUCUUCAGGGAUUAUUUUCAAAUGGCUUGUUUGGCUGUUUGCUCUUUUGGGUACCAUUUAUCAGUGUAUGUUCCAUGAAAGAUUCAAAACGGUGGAAACUUUCUUGUAUAUUGUCUUUGCUGUCAUACCUUUUGGUGCUGUAUGCAGUACGAGCGAUUUAAGUGAUAUGAUUUUAAUGCUGGCUGCUGGUAUUGUUUACAUGAUAGGCGUUAUUUUUUUUAAAUCAGAUGGGAUCAUACCUUUUGCGCAUACAUUUUGGCAUCUUCAUGUUGUUGUUGGUGCAUCAUUACAUUGGUAUGCCAUUUACAGCACGCUUCUUGGGCCAAAUAAUGAAGAAUUCAAACAGGAAUAG